AUGGAGUUGGACUCCAUCAGGAUGCAGCUGCGGGAGCUGCGCAGGUACUAUGAAGAUGAUACAAAGAGCGAUGACGACAUUAUCUACAGUGUUUACAAUUGGGUCAAAGAUGCCCAUGUAGUGGCACAGCUUCUGCUGUUGGAGGGCCGUUUUCCGGAGUUGCGCCGCUGCCUGGAUCUCUGUCGAUAUGUCCUACACGAGCAACAUGCGGAGGAGAAAAGUAGUAACUUUGGUGGUGGUGGUGGUGGUGGUGGUGGUAAGAGUCCACGUAAAGUCAUUUCUGGCGCCGUUGGGGAGGAUCGUUUGCUGAUGGACUCUCUCCUUGUGCGCACUUCACAGUUGCAGAAGCAGUACGAAGAGGCCCGCAAGAAGAUGAAGGGUCGCGACACGCAGUACUACAUGAAUAAACUUCUCCCCACCGAUAAAGAGGCGGUGGACUUUGACGGUACAAAAAACAAGACCGCGGCUGGGAAAAGGCGAGAGCCCUCUCCCCCGGAACGCGGCGUUUCGUUUGGUCGACGCACACGUCUUAAUCGAUGGAAAGUACCCCCCGUGUUGCCGCCACUUGUGACGGAAGCUCGACCAUUUUUUCGCCACGUCGUGGAUACGGGUCCCGAAGAGGUUUCAGAUGCUCGCUCAAGGCGCUUGUGGAUUCAAUCACGAAUGGAUGCAACGUCCACAUCGUCUUUUGUGGAAACUAGAACCGGCAGUGCGUACUCAGUGCCCUAUGAGGAUUCACUGAGAGACGGACCUUUCUCGGGAGCCUCCGAGACGACGGCGGUGCAGGAGCAGCCGGCAGACAUCGCACACAGCGAUAAAUCCACCCCGCCGCCGUCGCCGGUGUUGUCGGUUUCGGCAAUGAAAGCAUCCCUCCAGCAAAAGGUGUUGGGGCGAUCCAGACCAGCAUUGCCUGGAAGCUAUGUACGACCGCUUUCGGCGGGAAUAGCCACUUCUAUGCUGCCUUCUGGCGAUGUGGAGUAUCAUCUCGUGAAUAAUGUGGAUGCACAUGCCAUACGGGCAGCGGUUGCCAUUAAAUCGGCAUCCGAGGCUCAAGAACGUUCGGUUGCCGUUAUGCAAUCGCUUACAAAUUCAGCGCGUCUCUUACUUCAAAAAGAACAGGAGAAAAAGGAACAACAACAAGAUGAAGUGACGCUGAUAAAACCCAUGAACGGCGUUGGUAUCUGUAGAAAGGGAAGCGAACAGAGGGGAAAUAACGACAACUUCUCAGAGUGUGCGCAUCGUGGGGCCCUAUCUUGUAGUUCCUUCUCUGCCGUCGGCAAAAUGGGCAGGGGGACGGUCUCGUCGAGGCGACUUCGAGGAGCCGUUUUAUCGCCCUUGACUUCACCUGCAACAUCCGGGUGUUCGGGGAUGCGGAGUAAUGACUUGAAUGUCUCGGAGAUGACGAAUACGUCGCUGAACGUCGUAGCAGAAACCCCAGAGGAGAGUAAAAGUGCGUGUUUUUUGUCUCCUAAGAAGGAAUCGUUUUGCCUGGGCGAUUUGCAUCCACAAAUCUCGCAAGAUGCAAAAAGACAGCUGGAAGAAAUAUACGAAAACUACAGGGAAAAAAAUGACGAACUGUUGGCAUCCAUGCGGGCAAUGUGUCGCAAGGUGAAGGAUCACGGUAACCUCUUCAAGCCCCACGAGCAGGUUGUGCUGGUGGAAGACACGGCUGUGUGGAAGGCUCGGCGACGGCAACCUGCGACUGUUUUAGACCGGUCUGUGACUGCUGGUUCCUCAAUAUCCGAGUUGGGUCUUUCAACCAUCCACACACUGGACUCCAAAGGCACUUCAAACACCAGUGGUGGCAUUGCAGCCGAUUUACUAACCGCACCCCUGGCCGUCAGAAAUACAACACCAUCCGGGGGAAGAAUGAUGGGUUGUGGCGUUGCGCCAUCAACGGAGGGUAGUUCAAAACUAAAUGAGUGGGAACACGUCCAUGGGAAUAUGCAGGAAUGGGAAAAUGCAGACCGCAGGCCGAAGGAAACAUGUACGGCGACACGCGAUGGUUGGGUUGUGGAAGAAUCUGUUUCCCGUGGUCCUGGCUACACGGGGUUUGGCGAGGCGUCCCCAAUAACUACCUGCUCAUCGACAAAAUGCGUUUCUCCGUUGUUGUCACCGGCAGAAUUGCGGCUUGCACGAUUGAAGGCCUCAACACACGUGGCUUUUCCUGAUGUACACGAGGUGGUGGUUCGUCGGACCACUAAACUUGUAGAACAGGAGCGGCGUUUCAUGAAAGUUGGUAGCGUCAUAUCUCCGUCACAGGCCACGUCGUCUUGGUCGUCAUCGUCCUUAAAGCCCGUCAGGGGUGCGGUAAAUAGCUUUAAAGCGUCCCAUUUCUUGUCAAAAAAUAUGUCAACAAAGACGUCUGAAAAGGAUCUUGUUGCAGGGCAAGUGGAGACGAGUCUUGAACCCGCGUUGGACACGCGGUCUGGCGACAAGGAUGAGAGGGACAAAACCAUUCAGAAGCCUCUUCUCAUUGAGGAACCUUAUCGUUGGAUGAGCUUUGCGCUUAGUGACGCUGGAAAAGCGGAGAUGAAUCUUUCACUUAUUUUGGCAACGGUUCGAGUGCAGUGUGCUUUUCGAUGUUUUUUGGCCAGACGUGAGCGGCAACGUCGCGCUGCCACCUUGGAAGAACAUUUUCGCAGCAUGGCUCUACGUGUAAAAUCUGUUGUUGCAAUUCAACGGUUUGUCCGUGGAUGGUUAGCACGUCGGCAGAUGGUGACAAUUCUUUUGCGCCUUAGCUACCAGUUGGACCAGCGGAUUGCACAUGAGGCCAUUUCCUCCGACGAUGCGGGUUCCGACGGAGCGGGAAAUAACUUUGGUCUAAGUACUAUGAGACAGCGCGGUGCUUCAUUUAGUAACUCUUUACUGAUGGAAAAAAAGAACAGCGCUUCCUUUUUAUCAGGCGGGGAAUUCAAUGAUUGGUCGAAUCAUUGGCGCUCGACCCGAAUGGCCGCCGUUCCAACUUUGUCAUCGAAAUACAAACUCUACUCUAUACCAGACACCAAUCUUUUUACACAGUCUGCGACCCGCUCUGCGCGAUUGCGUCGCAUUCAGAAAAAUAUUGCAUGCCGAGUGAUUUUACGAACUUUUCGUGAACAUUUUUACCAAGUGUUGAAGCGAUGGGAAAGGGAAACACGCACUUACAUGAAUUACGUGACUGGGAAAUUGGACUUUAUGGAAGCGUUUGGCCCAAAAAGGGGCUAUCUAAAUUUUCAUGACACUGUCGCACGUCAGCUGUUAGAUAGCAAUGAGACGACGAAUGAUAACAACGUCUCACAGAGUCUGUCGCUUUUUUCGAGUGUCUUCCCGCUUCCGCCGGACCGUGUGUUGGGUGAUGUGGUUGCCGCUUGGGAAUUUCGUAUGGAAGAUGCCCGAUGUUUGGGUGAAUUUAUGACACCGCUUCAUCACGUAAAGCUCUCCGAGUUGCAGCGGAUACUGAGGGAACGCCAAGAGGCAGAAGGGCUGCAACGUCUUAUGGAGGAGGAGCUGCGCCUGCAAAAAGAGGAGGAAAUUCAGCAACGGCAACGCGUCAAGGUGGAUGCCGUUUCAAUGAUUCAACGCUGUGCGCGUGGGUACCGGAUUCGGUACUGGUUUUCUAUGCAACGUCACAAAGCCGACGAACGGAACUCGAUUCAACACCGUCGAGCUGAACUCAUCGAUGGCAGUUCCGUUGCGGUUUCCGGUUCGCAAACUUGCAAUGGCGGGGGGGAUUUUUUGUUGUCUCUUCCAGCGUUGAAUGCAACCAUCUAUUCAGAGGAGCAGCCAGUCCCACCAAAUGUGGCUAGGGUGAUUAUGGAGGGUAUUUACCGUCGCCAUCCCAUGAGUUUUGCUUUGGAUGACGAGGCACGUCGCAGGAGAUUGAAGGUGGUGACUUUAUUACAGUCAUUUUUACGGUAUCGUGACAGUGUGAACUGUCUGACAGACCGGUAUGUUGAUAUCUGCGCAACCGUAAUUCAACGAAACUGGCGAAUUGUGCUAAAACGACGAAGAGCACUGGAGAAGCAAAAAAGAAAAUGUAUGAUCAAAGUUCUCCGGGCUAUGGAAUCCUGA